UAGAGAACCUGUCAGUCGUUUCAUUCACCCAAACAUGGAGGCUGCAAAGCUCCUUCUGCUGUUCUUCUCUAUCCAAGGAGGAGCCUAUUGUGACCCGGGUAAUGCAUAUUGCACAGAACAACCAGGCGUGAUAAUGGUGGAGGAAGGAGGAUCUGUGACACUUCCAUGUACCUUCACUUAUCCAGAGGACUGGGACAGCUCCACCGAGGUCAAAGUGUACUGGAGACAGGGAAACACCAGCCCGUGUGGGAAUGUAGACUUCAUUUACAAUCACACAGAAGGCUGGACACAUAGAGACUACAGAGGACAGAUCUCAUUGGUGGGAAACCCCCAGGAACAGAGGACAGCGACUAUCAGAAUCCAGAACCUGAAGAAGACAGAUGGCCCCAUGUUCUGCUGCCGGGUCAGGAUAGAAAAUAAAGGCAGAAAUGGAGAUAAACUAAAAGAGUGGCAAAAUCCUCCCGGCACAUAUAUAUACUUCAGAGAUAAGAUCUCUGUAGAACAGACGGAUGUUGUCCCUGCUACAUUGGGAGAAGAUGUAGUAAUACCAUGUAAAGUUCAUAAUAAACCUGAUGAUAUAAGAGCGGUCACCUGGAGAAUGGGAACAAGUAUCCUGUGUUCUAACAAUAGUUUUAUUAAUUCAUGGAUGGAGGAUAAUAAGAUGGAGGAAUUUGGACGCUGGUCAGUAGUGAAUUUCCCUGAGGACCUCUCAUUACAUAUAAGAGAUGUGACGUCAUCUGACAGUUACCGGUACUGCUGUGAGGUACGGACAAGGCUAAGAGAACCCAUCCGUGGAUCUGCACGUGGUACAGACUUAGUGCUUACAGAGUCAAACUUUGAGCAUGAUGUAAAAGCCCAGUGGCCUGAGCCCUCGGGGGAAACAAAAGACUCUGUGACCCUCAAUUGCUCGUACUCCCUCCCACCGGACAAGAAACCUUUGUGGAUUGGAAUUUACUGGAGAGUCGGCAACACAAGUGAUGUUUAUGCCUACCACCCCUCCACAGAGAUGGUACAUCCCAGAUACAGAGGAAGGACAGAGCUGAGAGGACUGGCUGAUCUCCAUAUAAUGGGGGUUCAAGAAACAGACUCCGCUACAUAUUACUGCUUCGUGGUGCUCAAAUUCUGUGAUGGACUUAACAAUAUCAGCUCAGUCAUCCAAUAUGGGAGCCGGACAACACUGGAUACAAGUAAACCCAUGGAUCCUCUAGAUCAGGUCACAUUGAUUAUUAUCAUAGCUGCCGUCCUGCUCAUUCUGAUCAUUCUGUGCUUUAUAUUCAUUGUCCUCAAGAAAAAAGGAAUUAUUUGUCGGAAAGAAAGUGAAUUGGAAGAUAGGACUUAUAUCACCUCUGAUGUUGCCGCAAAACCCACCAGUGACUCUAAAACCAUGGAAAUGCCAAAUGUUGAAACCAAUCCUAUCCCAACUGGUCAGGAGGAAUCUGGGGGAGUUCUCUAUGCACAUUUAAAUGUCACAUCACUCCAGCCGGGUACAGCAAAUCGGAGUGGAGAUGACAACGUUGAUUCGCAGGUUCUAUAUGCAGCUGUCAGACGUGCACAUUGAUCAGGAUGUAUAUAUUUAACCACCUGUUCAUACAAGGUUAUUGAAAGUACUGUAAGACACCAUUGGAAAGGUUUGAAGAAACCAAGCAAAGAAAGCACUUACUGAAAGCAAGCCAAAGAGGCCCCAUAUUGCAUAGGACUUUGAGCACACGUUCUUGGGACUGUUUCCUAACUCGUAUUAAUAAACGUAUGAUCUAAUUAAGGAUUUAAAUUUUUGCCCUGAGUUUAUUGUAAGCAGAGAUGAGCGAGUCUUCUUGGAUUCCAUGUGACUAAUGUCAGUUUGUUUGGACUGAACAUUCUGUUGAUCAAAACAAGGAAUGGGUUGAGGACGUAUUGCAAUCAUCGGAAUAGCAUAUUGCCUGUCUGUGUCACAAUGUGCCAUUUGUAGUGCGAUCUGAAUGAGCGAUGGAGAUGUAUUGGAAAAAUUGGUGAAAUUUACUCUAGGAAAAUUAGCAGAUUUUCUGCACAUUUGCAAAGUCCUUCACAUCGAGAUAAAUCCAUCACAUCAUCUGUAACAUGUUUAAAGAUUAUGGACCAGUGCCCUGUCCGCUCAGGGAAUCCAGCCAAUUGGUGGUGUCUGCUGCCUUGAAAGGAGAAGAGGAAUCCAGAACUCCUUCCUCAGAAUACGAAUGUAAACAAAGUCGUUUCUGCCGCAGGUUCUCCCAAUUGAUGAGUCAAUAAUUCUUCUUAAGAGCCAGUAGUUUAUUGGGUAUUUGUCACAGGUCAUUCAUUCAAUCAAUCAAUCAAUCAAUCACACCCGUGUCUUAUAGGUGACCAUCAGACACAUUAUACAUCAAAUUUGCAUAAACAUUUGCUUGAAUUCUCGAAAUAGAAUGGUGACAGUACUGGAACAACGCAAGGAUUAAAAUAAUACUUACCCCAUUUGGGAUUUUGACAAUCUGAUAAAAAUUUACAUAAAAUGUCUGAAGAAGCGGGCAGUGUUUCUUUGAAACAAGUAUCAAAUUUAGGCAGAUUUGGUGAAGGAUGUAUUUGAUUGUCACCUUUGAGUCACGGACAUGAUUGAAUCAAUUACUUUUGACAAAUACCCAAAAAAAACUGGCUUUCAAGAUGUAUUAUUAACUCUUCACUUGGGGGAGAACCUGCACCAGAAAGGACUUUGUUUAUGUCAGUAACAUGUGCCUGCUUUACGACUAAUGGUCAUUAUUAUGUGUAUUUACACUGGCCUAGCACUGUGAAAGCUAGGCCUCCUAACAGGUACAGUAUAUGCAUCAUUAUGUACUGUAGGUCUGCUUGAGUCAUACUGUAUAUACAGUACAUAUGGCAAACAAAACUUUACUGUACAGACAAUAUGUUAGAAUGUCCCAUCACUUCUUCAUCCCACCUCUCCAGAUCACGCAAUACUGUACAAAUACAUCUGGGUGCCUGUUUUAUGGGCAUGUUCAGACUUAUUCAGAGUUAACUCAAAAUUAGGCCCUUAUUGUCUAUUAUUCAAGUUGUUGUGUGUCACAUAUGGAGGGAAGGAAUUGUAUCACUGCCAGAGGAAAUUAAGUCACGUUCAACUAAGCCUUUCCAAAUCAUUGUGCAAACAUGGAGGAAUGAUAACCAGUACAUGUAGCCAAUUUAGGAUACUCACCUAUCAUCUUUGGGUCAUGGUCUCUCUUGUUAGACUUAUUGUUACACCCCACCACACUCAAACACAUUGAGAGUGGAUGGCUGUAAUUCACGGUGGAAAGAAUUGUGUUUUGUAUUAUACUACUGUGUAUCAUAUUAUUAUUCUUUUUUUGUUUACCUUAAGCAUUUUGCAUUU